AUCAUGUCACACUUAAUUUCACCACCACCACCGCCGCCACCACCACCGCCAUCACCGCCGCCACCACCUGCAUUGUUUAACAUGGCGAACUCCAUCGUAAACCACCGUAAGCAAGCAAUGAUCGCCGCCGUGGUGGCGAUUUUAAGUCUUUUGACGGUGGUUCGGAAAGGAGAUGCGUAUGAGUUCAAAGUCGGAGGUUCUGGCGACUGGAGCAUCGCAAGUACUUAUAAUCAAUGGGCCGAAAGAAGUCGGUUUCAAAUCGGAGAUACCCUGUUGUUCAAAUAUCAGGGUGAUAAAGACUCGGUGCUUGAAGUGAGCAAAGACGAUUAUAACAAUUGUAAUACCGCAACGCCCAUUGCAAAACACGACGACGGUCACACCGUGAUCAAGUUGGAUAAGUCCGGGCCUCACUACUUCAUUAGUGGAGUUGCCGAACAUUGCAAACAUAACGAGAAAGUGAUGGUUGUUGUAAUGGCGGAUCGGAGCCACAAAUCGUCAUCGGAAUCUCCACCUUCUCCGGCUCCGGCAGGUGAAGAGUCUCCGGCGGACAAGAACCCUCAUUCUUCUCCAAAUGGUGCAUCUUCAGUUGUCAUGAGCCUUCUUUGCUUCAUUGGAGGAUUUGCUUGUUUCUUGAGUUGGUGAUUUGCAUGAACAACAAUUUGGUUUUUGUUUUUAUUUUUAUUUUUAUAAUCAUUUAUUUUUACAUUUUUGUGUAAUUGUGUUGUAUUGGAGUGUGAAAAGAUGAACAAUGUUCGCAUAUGAGGAAAUAAAUUGGUAUUUGUUUUGUGUGU